AUGGUGUUGUGUGAAGGAGUUAACAUGUACCCUUGCAAGACAGCUCACCGGACAUUUGUUCAUCAUAUGGCCCUAGAUCCAUCAGGUGCCUUACUUGCAUCGUGUUCGAGUGAUAAAGUGGUAAACAUCUUUCAUCGCACUUUAUUGGAUACAGAAUCAAAUGAUUGGAGUUUGUGCUGUGUUCUAAAUGAUCAUGUGGCCACCGUUACUCGUGUGGCGUGGUGUUUGCAUCGAGAACACGAAGCAUUAUUGGCAACUGCAGGGGCUGACAGGUGGAUUUAUGUCUACAAAAUUGAAAUCGUCAUACAUGAUGGAAAACCAGUGGUACAGGCAGAGAGAUGUUCCACUGUACGAGGAUACGAAACAGAUGUAAUAACAGAUGUUGCUUUUAUUCGUCCACAGCAACGCUAUGGUUUGCGUUUAUCUACUGCAUCACUUGACGGAUGGGUACGUUUGUAUGAGGUUCAACAGAAACAGCUUCUAUCCAUAUCUAAAAUUACUCAGGAGACGGAAGUGGGUAGACCUUUAGAAACACGCUCAGGAGCAAUUACCUCUAUUGCAUGGUUUCCAAGUUCAGCUGAUGAAGCUAUGACUUUAGCUGUUGGAUGUAUGAAUGGUUGUUUUUAUCUUUACCGGGUUUCAAAUGAAUAUAAACAUUUUGAGCGAAUCCGAAGUGCACCUUUUGAAAGGGCUAAUGCUUCUAUUCAUCAUAUAGUAUGGGGUCCGUCAGUUGGACGACCAUUUCAGUUGCUGGCUAUAUGCUGCCGCAGUUGUGUUUAUAUUCUGCGACUGAAUUGUGUUUCACCUGCCCUUGAAGACUUUGAUUGUGAGCUAUUUAAAUGGCCACAGGGUGCCGUUUGUGCAGCAUGGAGUCGCUCCGCUGUGUUACUAUACUUAGUUAGCGAUGAUGAGGGAACCGAAAUGACAGUUCUUCGUACGAGAGAUCCGUCAGAUCAUCAAUCGUGGGAGGAGGUUUCCGAAAACUUUCCCUAA